AUGGUCAUGAUUUUGAUUGAUGGUUUUGUCUUUUUGUGCCACAGAUCUAGGCAACGACUAAUAACUCCUUAAUUUUAAGUAUAUUCAAAUGUUUGAAAAAUGGAUACGUGCCCAAUAGAUGAUUUCGACAAAGUUUGUCGUAUUUGUAUGAAAUUCGAUAAAAAAUUUCUAUCAAUUACCUCAUUUAAAAUAAUUGAUAUGAUAAUAGCAUGUGCUUCUGUACGAAUUUGGGAAAAUGAUGAUCUACCAAAUCAAAUAUGCGAGAAUUGUUUUCUUCAAUUGCAAAAUACCGUCACUUUUAAACAAUUAUGUGAAACUUCAGACAAUGCAUUUCGUCAAAUUAUUAAGAAGAGUAAAAUUAAUUUACCAAAUAACCAAAAUGAUUCUGUUAACGUAAAAGAUGAACAAUUCGAUGAUUACCAGGAUGAUAAUUCUUCAAUAGAUAUCAAAGAGGAGGAUUUUUCCGAAAUUAGAGAUGAUUACAAUGAAGAUAAUUUCGAAAAAUCCGAAACAAACAGCUUCUUGGACAUUAAAAACAAAGAUAAAUCAGAACUGAAAUUAGAAGAGGAAAAUGAUAGUAUCAAAAAUAUAAAAGAUGAAGAAGAAGUAGAAGAAAAAUUUGCUUGUGAGAAGUGUAAUAAAGAAUUUAAAAAAAUUUGGGUAUUGGGUCAACAUAUGCAUUAUAAACAUAGAGUGAAACAAUUAAAAUGUAGUGAUUGUAAAAUGAAAUUUUACCAUCCAUUACAUUUAAAACAGCAUCAGGAAUUAACGCACAAUGUAUCGAAUCUAACUUGUGAUAUAUGUAACAAGAUUGUAUCAAGAAUUAAUGAUUUAAAACGUCAUAAAUUAACACAUUUAAAACAAAGACCGGGUAAAAAACUUAUACCAUGUCAACGAUGUGACAAAUCAUUCCAAGAUAAGCGAGAUCUAAAAAGUCACAAUAAAGAAGCACAUUCACAGAUCGAAAAAUAUGUAGCAUGUCAUGUUUGCGGUAAAUCAGUAUGUAAAAAAAAUCUCUCAACACAUUUGGCAAUCCAUAAAGAACGUGAUAAAAUUCCAUGCGAUUUAUGUUCAAAUACAUUCAUUAGUCAAUCAACGUUAAGUGCUCAUAUUAAAAAUGUACAUAGGGAUCCGACGGAAAGUGCUCCACGUAAUCAUUUAUGUAGUAUUUGUGGACAUGCGAUGCGAACAGCGCCUGAAUUACGUAGACAUUUAUUAAUUCACACAAAUGAACGACCGUACGCAUGUGAUCAAUGUGAUAAAACGUAUCGAAUUAAAGAAAAUUUAACAGAACAUAUUAAAGCGGCACAUUUAAAUGAACGAAAGUUUCAGUGUACGUUUUGUCCACAAGCUUUUAAUCAUAAGAAAACUUUAGUUCAUCAUGAACGUCGUCAUACCGGAGAAAAACCACAUAAAUGUGAAGUGUGUGGUAGAAGAUUUAUACAAAGAAUUUCAUUAAAACUUCAUUCGAAAACACACACAAACUCAAAAGAGAAUCUUAGUUUGUUAAGUUUAGAUGGGAUUUAUAAUGGUGAGGCACAUAUGGUCUAAGUUAGGUUAGGCUAAUAACUCAAAUAAGUCCAUCUACUCAUGGCAAAAGAUGGACAGUGACAGAGAAGAUGGGACAUCGUCUCCUCAUCUUCCACACUGUGACAGCUGCUGCAAUAGUCGUGAUACACUGUCAGGCUCAGACGUUCAGCAGGCCUGCCGCCCAGCCAGCUUCACAAUUUGCUGAAAUGUCUCUGUGUCCCGGUACCCAUACCAGGUAUACAUUCUUUUGUUCCGCCAGUUCGUUUAAGGACGUACGGCAGUCCCUUACUGUAAUUAAGAAAUUACAUAAUAUAGAUACAGUGAAAUCUGGUUAAGUUAAACAUAAAAAAACCUGCAAAAAUCAAAAAAACCGUAAAAAUUUCGGUUUGUUGUCAGAUUUUGGCGAUUACCUAUAACCCUAAAGGACUAGUUUUUGCUAGUACCUUUUCAGGAUAUUUUUAAAGUAGACUAGACCCAAUGUAGACCCAAUAGUUUCCGCAAUGAAGCUUUCAAAGUAUAUCAUUUUUUCGAACUUCGUAAUUUUUUUGCAAUAAUCUGUCGUUCUGAAUGAAAUUUGAUCCUGAUUCUUCGUAGCCCUUCGUAAAUCUGAAAAAAGGCGUAAUUUUCACGAUUAAAAAAAAAAAAACGAAAUUUGCAAAAUGAUAGACUUUGAAAGGCUUUAUCUCGGAAAAUAUUGAGUCUACAAAGACAAUUCUAGUCUCAUUUUGAAGCAAAUUUAGUCUUUCUUAAAGAUGUCCAGAAAAGGCACCCUCAAAAACUAGUCCUUUAGGGUUAUAAUCGCCAAAAUCUGACCAAAAUUUUUCAAUGCCUUCGAUACGGCCAUACUACCUUA